UGAUUCCAUUCCCCGCCCACAUUCUGAUACAAAGACGCCUCGCUGUUAUUUUAUCAUUUUAACGUUGCUGGAUCCAAUGAGAGAACAAUUCUUUUUUUUUUUUUGUCGGUAUCCCGUAAAGAGAUAAAAGACAAACAGACGAAAGGGAAGUUGAAAAAAUUAAAAUAACUUACAUCAACACUAUCAACAAGAAACAGUUCUGACUUGCUUCUUCAAUUUUGAAAUAUAAUUUUAUUGAACCGUUCUUGCAAAAUAUUACCAACAUAUUUGGUAAUAUGAUGUGACAAAACAACAACCAUCCUUUUACAACUUGUUCUACUACGUGUGAUUAUGAAGUAGGUGUUUGGUUAAAUCUAACCGUCAACAGCGUUGCUCUAUUAACAAAAUUCACUUUUCACGAAAGAGUAAAUGCCAACCAUUAUUUGGAUGAUAAGAAGUUUUCUAGUGCACAUGACAACUUACAAGAUAAAUUAAAACUUACACUGGUGGAAGUUCUCAUUUCAACUGUUCCUGAGACAUUUAUCCUGCACAUUAAUACUACACACUUUGAAAUCUCCCUUCCCAAUAUUUUCCUGACAUUUAAUCAUGUAGGCACCAUCUAUGAUGAGUUAAAGAUAUAAAUGUGAAUCGAUAAUCAAGGAAUGGAACUGCUCUUUAUCAGAGAAGCCAUGUAUAUGGUUCUUACUAUCAUCUUAGGGCUGGUCAUUGCACGCGUGUACCGAAGGCGGCGAUAUAAACACUACGAAGUGCGAGUGCGUGAUGUAAGCAAAGGUCAUCGUUGGAUGAUGGUCAGCAUCUUCCUCAAACCAACGUACUGUGUCAUAAGCCAGAACAGAAUUAGUGAUGGUGCACAAUGUCAUUCCUGCAGUAUUUGUGUUGAUGCUGCCAACAUGAAGGUAGCCAAUCAAAAAAUUCCUUGCAAGCCCCUCUCAGUGAAAAGCAUGUUCACACAUCAUCAAUGGGGGCAUGGCAACUUGCCCUUGUAUAGUAUCUGUUAUAUUUGCAACGAGCCUUGCAAUAACCAGCUGCAACUUUGUGAUUACAUCUGCUCUUGGUGCCAACGCUGUGUCCAUACUGAAUGUUUCACACACUGUAAAAAAGAAUGUGAUCUUGGUCCUUACAAAACAGUGAUUGUACCUCCACAUUGUGUCACCCUUAAGUGGGUUGGUUUGAAAGGCAGGCAGCACCUUAUUGUGGACUCAGUGAAGAGACCAAAUAUAGUGAACUGGAGCCCACUUAUUGUCAUUGCCAACCGAAAGAGUGGUAACAAUGAUGGGGAAAGCAUCUUACAAGCAUUUCGUUCCUAUCUGAAUCCUGCACAGGUCAUUGAUAUUUGUGAUAUUACACCAGAGCCUGCACUAAAGUGGUGUCACUUGCUCCCCAGUGUCACAAUCCGGGUGUUGGUCUGUGGUGGCGAUGGCACAAUUGGAUGGGUCUUAAAUGCCAUUGAGAGACUUAGUCUACAGCCUCAACCCCAAAUAUGUAUUUUGCCAAUGGGCACUGGAAAUGAUUUAUCCCAAGUUUUAGGUUGGGGAGAAAUAUUCACUGAUCAAAUAGAAGUCCCUAAAAUUCUUGACAAGAUAAACCAAGCUACAGUAGUUGAGUUAGACAGGUGGAAUCUUGAUAUCAACCAUUCUGGACACUUUCGACUGCCUUACUACAAAAAGAAAAAUAUAUGUUGGAAUAAUUACUUCUCCAUUGGUGUUGAUGCUCUUGUUGCUUUGAAUUUUCAUCGCCAACGAGAAUCAUGGCCGACCCUUUUAUCAAACCGCAUCAUCAAUAAGGUGUGUUACUUCAUGUAUGGCACUAAAGAUGUUUUGGAACGAGAAUGCCAUGAUCUUCAAAAAAAAUUAACAGUUGAAUUAGAUGGUAAAAAAAUCAAUCUCCCCAAAUUGGAAGGCCUUGUUGUUUUAAAUAUCAGUAGUUGGGCUGGAGGUUGUCGGGUCUGGGAAAUCAAAGCAGAUGAAGAAGAAGAUGAAUACAUACCUGCCAGCUAUAAUGAUGGAAUGGUUGAGGUAUUUGGGUUACACUCCUCCUUCCAUGUUGCUCAACUCCAAGUUGGUAUGAUACCUCCUAUUCGUAUUGGACAGGCAAGCAAAAUAAAGAUUACAUUAAACUGUACAGCACCAAUGCAAGUUGAUGGUGAACCCUGGCUCCAACAACCUGUGGAGAUGACUGUCACCCACCGUAGUAAAGCUACUAUGUUGUCUCUUUGCUGAAUAUCUGCUAUAUAUACUGACAAAAAAAA